CCUGCAGGUCGUCUCCCAGCCGAUCCGCAAGUACCUCAGGACCCGGGAGGACACGGUGAGGCAGAUCGUAGCCGGUCUGACCGGAGAUGCAGAGGGCUGCACCGACCUCGCCUCCGAGCUGUCCCGAGGAGACCCGGUGACUCUGGAGAUGCAGGACAGCGACGAAGAAGGCAACGACCCCGAGGACUGGACUCCAGACCCGACCGACGCCAUGCCCGAUAAAAUGGGCUCGAAGCGCCGCUCGUCCGACAUCAUCAGCCUGCUGGUCAGCAUCUACGGCAGUAAGGAGAUCUUCAUAGACGAGUACAGAGGCGUGCUCGCCGACAGGCUGCUGCAGCAGCUCAACUACAACACGGCCAGGGAGAUUCGUAACGUGGAGCUGCUGAAGCUGCGGUUCGGCGAGUCUCACAUGCAUUACUGCGAGGUCAUGUUGAAGGACAUGGCGGAUUCUCGCAGGAUCAACAGCAACAUCCGCGAGGAGGAGUCAAAGCUGAGCGAGGAGGAGCAGCCGCCGCUGCCCCUGUCGGCCAUCAUCCUCUCAUCUGAGUUCUGGCCCACGCUGAAGGAGGAGAAGCUGGAGCUCCCUCCUGUCGUCUGCCAGGCCAUGGAGGCCUACACCCACCGCUACGAGAAGCUGAAGGCCAUGAGGACGCUGAGCUGGAAGCCUCACCUGGGCUCGGUCACUCUGGACGUGGAGCUGGAGGACCGAGUCCUCACCAACCUCACGGUCUCACCCAUCCAGGCUGCCACCAUCAUGUACUUCCAAGAGAAAAGUUCUUGGACGUUGGAGGAGCUGAGUGCGAAGCUGGGCGCCCCGAAGGAGCUGGUGCACAGGAAGCUGGCUCUGUGGCAGCAGCAGGGCGUGCUGAGGGAGGAGGCGGGCGGCCACUUCUACGUGGUGGAGAAGGGUUCGUCGAAAGAGAAGCUGGACAGAGGCGUGAUGCUGAUCGACAGCGACGAGGAGAGGGACUCCAACACCGCCACGCAGUCCGAGCAGAGGGAGGAGAAGCUGCAGCUGUUCUGGGUCUACGUCCAGGCCAUGCUCACCAACCUGGACACCAUGACACUGGAACGCAUACACACCAUGCUGCGGAUGUUCGUCGCUACGGGACCCGUCGUCACGGAGAUGGACGUGAACGAGCUGGAGGCGUUCCUGCAGAGGAAGGUCAGGGACCAUCAGCUCAUAAUGUCCGGCAACGUCUACAGGCUGCCCAAAUCCAACUGAUGACUGUGCUGCGUUCAAGUGCGUCGGGAUAUGUGGAAGAUUCCAGCGUUUGUUUUGCUCUGAGGGAUUUUUACUAAAAGGGCUCAUGGAGUAAAUAUGGAACAAUUCUCACUUAAAUUUCCUGGAUUUUUCCAUAUGAUGUGAAAGCAGCAUGGAUUUAAAUAAAAAAAAAGAAAAGGAAAAGCAGUGUUUGUUUUUUCAAAAUAAAAGCACUUCCACUCCUUUAAGCAUCAGUACGGACAGAUUUGACGCUGCACCUGGAGAUAAAUGUAAAGGUGUUUGGUGAACACCGAUGUGUAGCUGGAUUAGAUUGUUGACGAUUUCGCGUGAUCCUGGAUCGUUCGGUUCCCCGAAGCUCAUCCGGGACUUGCUGUCAU